CACAUGUCUUGUCAAAAUAUUGUUUGUUGUCAUUUUAUUGUUAUUGUUUUUCUUUUAAUGGAAAGCAGCCUUUUUUCAUUUUAUAUUUAAUUUACAAUCCCUUUCGUCGUUAAAAUGCUGCGUUUUCUAAAGCCCGUACUGAAACAACAGUUUCUGGUCAUCAUUUUGGGCAUUGCCGCCGGAAUAUACUAUCCACAAAUCAAAGAACAUUUCUUGGGUAAAAGUGUCGACGUGAGCUUUGAAAGUGCAAAGCAACAACAGCAGCAGCAACAGGAAAAACUGUUUACUAAAGAGGAGUUGGCACAAUUCAAUGGAGAAAAUGACAAGCCUCUAUAUUUGGCCUUAUUGGGACGAGUUUACAACGUAACACGAGGUGCCAAACAUUAUGGAUCCGGAUGUGAAUAUCAUUUCUUUGUGGGACGCGAUGCUUCUGUUUCAUUUAUAACCGGAGAAUUUGAUGACUAUGUUGAGGGUGAAGCUGAUGACGUACUCUCACUGAAACCGGCCGAUCUACUCGGCCUACACAAUUGGCAGAAUUUCUAUGAAAAAGACUACGAAUUUAAGGGCAAACUCAUUGGCAGGUUUUACGAUGAACAGGGUCAACUUACCACAUAUCAUCACAAAUAUCUUGCCCUGCUCGAACAGGCCAAAGAUGAAAAGGCCACAAAUCAAAAAUUACGUGAAAAAUAUCCAGAUUGUAAUAUAGAAUGGUCGGCCGAUAAAGGGAGCCAUGUGUGGUGUACGAAGAGUAGUGGUGGCAAGAACCGCAAUUGGGUCGGCUAUCCGCGUAAACUAUUUGAAAUUGGCAAUUCCAAUUUCCGAUGUGCCUGUCUAAGAAAGGAAGAUUUAGACACGACUGAGGUCAUGAUAGCUCAAUACGACAAUUGUGAGCCUUUAUCACACGAGUGCUAUUACCAGGUAGAUUAAUGAUAGGUACAAUAUUCUAGAAUCUUGCCUCAGCCGAACUUAGUUUGUAUAGGUACUUAAUUAGCAAGUAUUUUUACAUGUAAGCAUUUAAAGUAGAGUGUAUGUAGUUAAAAUAUUGUUACGAGGAAAUUAUCAGUAUGAAAGAUGUUAUUACUAGUUAUUGGAACGAAGCUCAAUUUAUCUUUUAUACAAAUACAUGGAACUAGCACAGUGAUAACGUUGAGUACAAUAAUAUGUUCUGUUUAAAUGAAAAUCUGCAACAGCAAACAAUUGGAAUUGUAGUGUCUUUACAUGUUAUGUAGUUUUAAAAAUAUUAGAAACAUUUUGCAUAUUGUAGCAAAAGAAAUAUUCGUUACAAAUAUUAUGAUAAUUAUUACAAGUUAAAUUGUAUUGGGAUAAGGUUUAAAAUU